GAGAGAGAGAGAGAGAGAGAGAGAGAGAGAGAGAGAGAGAGAGAGAGAGCAUUACGCACACCCUGAUCCUCUCCACACAGAACCGGUGUAGCGCACAGACCAGCGGCAGCCCUCAGAAAGUGGGAAGUUUUCGCCGAAGAAUUCUGUCUCAAACUUAAUCACCUUCAUGUCGACUCUGUUGGAUACUAACACGCCGAUGCUAUGGUUACCUUUAUUACGGCAGAAACCUUGAGCAGAACCGGACUCACUGGAGAACCACCAUUCUGCCAUGACUGUUUGGGCUGAUGAAGCAGGAAAAGCAGAGAGGCAAACCCAAAGAGAUGAACAGAAACAAACCAACAGAGACGAUGGCACCGGGUCCAAGUGUGAUUCUCCAGAUCUUACAGGUGAAUCUAGUGAUGUCCAUCCUGCUGUAUGUGAUGGUCCUCGUGUACCUCUAUGGUAUCCAGGCAACCACCAUGGACAGCAGUCAACAGGGACAACAGCAGGCAAGUCCCGACCCCUUAAACUCCCUGAUCAUCCAGCUGCUUCAGGCCGACCUGACGAAGGGCAGGACCCGGGGGAACCAGAGCCAACAGGGGAAGAGUCGACACAGCGAGCCCCAGGACACACUGCCUCCUCUACUCAGUGAAAACUUUCCGCUGGAGGAGCAGAAAGAUGCGGAUCAGUGGGGGACGGAGGGUCGCAGUGGUGGGAGCAGUGAAGACUUUAUUGACCAGGAGGUGAUGUUGUUGAACUCGGACAUUCUCAGGCAGCACAAGCGGUACAACUCACCUCGGGUGCUGCUAAGUGACCGGCCGCCACUGCAGCCUCCCCCGCUGUACCUCGCGGACGAUUUUGUGGACAGCGCUGCGGCGGGAAACAAGACGCGAAAGAAGCGAUACGCCGAGCACAAGAGCUACAGGGGGGAAUAUUCUGUGUGUGACAGCGAAAGCCAGUGGGUGACGGAUAAAACCCACGCUAUGGACACCAGGGGGGACCCUGUUACUGUUCUGGCCAAAAUUAAAACCAGUGCCACGCAGGACAUCAAACAGUACUUUUAUGAGACGCGCUGUCGGACCCCGAGGCCGUUUAAAGGUGGCUGCAGGGGUAUUGAUGACAAGAACUGGAACUCACAGUGCAAGACGACACAGACAUACGUUCGAGCGCUGACUCAGGUUCGGAAUUCGGUGGGCUGGAGGUGGAUACGCAUAGACACUUCCUGCGUCUGUGCGUUGUCAAGGAAACGUCACAGGACGUAAUCAUUACCACACACGCCCUGCUGAGGACUACCUGUUUGGAUUAUAUUCCCUGUUAAGGAUCUAUUUCCUGUGCACAGUGCUCCCACCACAGGAUUAUGUGUCACAGUGGUUAAGAGCAACUUUCUGCUAAAAAACGAUACUUUCACUGAAGAAACCAUGGGUCCAUAUAUGAUAUUUCAUGUUAAUGUGCUGCAAAUCCAUGGAACAGUGCGGCGCCCGCUGUUGACAGAAGAACUUGUUUAAGAGGGGUCGGGGAGGGAGGGAGUGAGUGCGUGUGUAGGGGGGGGGAUAUGUAAAUAUAAAUUAUUUAAAUUAUAUGAAAUGCAUGUAGUUUAUACAUGUUUAUCUAUCUAUAUAUGACAUAUGAAUAUAUUUGUGUUAUUUAUUGAAAGAAGUCUUCUUCUAAAGGAAAAAAAAAAGUCUAUAAAAAGGAAUUAGAAAUGCUAUGGACUAUAACACAGAGCUGGGCUGCAAAGGUGCUUCACAGUAAGACUUUACACGUGCCUUGACCACAGCAGAGACAUAGGACUUGGUAACUCAAACACAGCAGUGGCUACAAAUGUUUCAGAGGUGAAUCUGUUUAAUCUAGGGACGGUCCUUUCCCAUGGACAAAUAUGGAGCCCCUAUUAUUAGAACUAGCCUUCAAGGAGAAAAAAAGAUACAAGGCAUCAUACGACCAAAACACACAUUUAUGAUUCAUGACCAAACUUAUGCAUUACACUGUGUUUCCAUACUGUUUUGUUUUAACACACUAAAAAAAGCAAAUAUAUUCCUCUGGGAGACACUUUCUUUAAAAUUGAAGAUAAGAGUUAUUCUUGUGGAAUCCGACUGGGACGAAAGAAAAUCCAACUGUUUGGUUUCCUCAGACCAAGUUUUACUCUCAACUGUUAUCAUGAGCUGUUAUCGUUUCUUCCUAUCAAUAAAAACCUAUAUUUCUUAAAAACGGCAAAUGUCAUUAACACAUGCUUUCAAAAGUAGAACAGUCCACCUUAAAAAAAAGUCAUUUGAACAGCUGCUGCUGUUUGCAUUGGAGGUAAAGAUGAAGUACAAGGUUGAAACAAGGUCAUUUAUCAAAGUAAUAGUUAUUAUUAGGCCUCUGCAGGAAUCCCUCACACUGCUCCUAUCUGUGUGGAAAAUGGAGUUGGGUUUAUAUUACUGCUACUGUGUCUCAAACUUCAAUACCAGAAUGGUUUUGUUGCAUCUGACCUCCUCAACUGAAGUUCUUACUCAGAAAAGAGGAGGCGUGAGGUUUCCUUUUAUAAUCAGCUGGACUAAUAUAAUGGUUUAAGUAAAGUCCUGUUUCUGGUAAUAGUCUACAUUUUUUUAUUUACAUAUUUCCUGAGAACAAAAAAAAAAGAACAAGACAGCCUUGGGAUUGUAUUCAUCUGUGCCAGAGAGCCUCAUUGUUUGGUUUGGUUUUAAAUGGAAAAAUACAUUUAAAAAGCUGCACUGUUGCACUGGAUGAUGUGUAACUCUGAUCUCAACUACACAUGGAAAAUGUAGUUUAUUGAGCUUAGACUACAUGCAUCAUGCAGUUAAUAUACAACAACACUGUGACCAAAAACCAACCCUGAACAACUCGAAGAUACCCAUGCACCAAGCACUCCUGUAAAUAAUCAUGUCAAGAAAAGAUGGGCCUUUUUAAGUCUUUGUUUCUAGUUUUUAAAGUAUAUUUAAAGGGAGAUUCUGCUGUAUGAAAGUGCAGUAGGUUUAGACAGGUUUGGGAUUUCUGAGUUGGCAGAUGCAAGACGACCUGCAUGCUACAGCUGCGAAGUAAUAAUUCAAGGCAAAUAUACGUAAAACAGAUUUCAUGCAGAAUGGAUGAAAGACCAAAGUUUUAAAGUUUUUGAUUUGAGAAAAAAAGUAACAUAAACAAUAUGAGGGACAAAAUGUAUUACUUUCAGUGAAAAGUUUAAGUGACUCCUUCGGCUUCUUGGUCCUCGCAUCAUUAACUCAUGUAUCAAAGAACAUCCAUUAAAAACAUCAAACGUCUCAGAUUGUUAACGCGGGACAGCUUUAUGCAAAGAUUCCCUACAAAAAGGACCUUUUUAAUAACAAGCCAAUUUUCAACCAGAAACAGGUGUUACAUUGUUCUCUUCAUUGCCAACAGAAUGGAUUUACAAAAACAAUAGUUAAAACAUGCAGAAAAUGGAAGUUGCUUGUUUAUAAUUGUUCAACCACUGGGGUUUAUUUUUAUUGUCGAGGAAAGUUUAGCUCAUAUCCAACACAAUAACAAUCUAAACCAAUCAACGGCAAAAAUAAUACCUUUUGUAGACAGAGAAAGAUCUGGGUCUUCAGUCAGAACAAAUGGACUUGGUGAUAAGAACAAGAAGGGCCAUUAUGUCUUAAUUCAAAGUUAGUAUUUGCAUGCAGUUGGACAAAGUGGACUGAGCGUGUUAGUCCGACUAAAACUGGACUUUUAAAUUGCAAUUAGUAAGACUGAUAUGAAAGUUUAAUUUCUCAAAGUCUGAAUAACACACCUAGAUCAUGCAAUUGGGGAUCAAUUUAGUCUUGCAUGUAUACGUCUCAAUCAGACCCAAAGUGGUGUGAUGCGCAUGCUCCAUAGUUCCCAUGCCUACUAUGAUGUCUGCCUUCAGAUAUCACUAUAGGUUAGAGAGAUAGUGUGCAUCACAUUUGCACCAGAAGUAAACCAGUUUCCUGUUUGCUUACAUGUUA